AUGAUCAUCUCCAAGCAGAACAGGCGCACCAUCUACGAGAACCUCUUCAAAGGCAAGUACUGCCCACCUGCUCCCAUGCUUGAACACGAGGACCUCGACGUCCCUAACCUUGAGGUCAUCAAAGCCAUGCAGAGCUUGACCAGCAAGGGGUUCGUCAAGACUCAAUUCUCAUGGCAAUACUACUAUUACACCCUGACCAACGAGGGCCUGGACUACUUGCGCGAAUGGCUUCACUUGCCCGCUGAGAUCGUCCCUGAGACCCACCGCAAGCCAGCGCGCCAGCCCAAGCCCGCUGCCGUCCGUCCCGGAGGAGAAGGUGCUUACCGCCCACCCCGUGGAGACAGGGACGACUACCGUCGCCGCGACGACGGUGCAAAGAAGGAGGAAGGUGCUGGAGCGGAUUUCAGGCCUCGUUUCUCUGGCGUUGGACGGGGUGCUCCCACCCAGUAG